AUGUCAUAUGGCAACCAACAACAUAUUCCUGCAAAGGAACUGAUUGCAACAAUGUCUGCUCAGCUAACAUGUACUGCAAUUGCUUGUGUCACUGGUGUCAGUGCACAAACAGUUCGACAAAUCUGGGAACUUUGGCAGGAAACAGGCACAGUACAACAGAUUCCAGACAAACAAUGGAGACACCGGCUUCUAAAUGCACUUGAUAUUGUGUAUCUUACAGGCUGCAUUGACCAAACACCAGAUAUCCAAUUGGCUGAGCUGCAAGCCAUAUUAUAUCAAGAAUGCGGGAUCCUUGCUUCAGAGAUUACUAUCUCAAGAGCAUUGCACUGA